UAAUUAAAACAAUUUAUACAUGUAGUUUGUGCAUUUUCGAAUAAAAAUAAUAAUGCAUGGUGAAUGCUAGUAGUUUAGGAUCUUUGAUUUUGUUGUAGGUUACAACAAUGUCGUAUUUAAGAAACUGGCGUCGUUAUCGAGCAGAGGCAGAAUUCAUGGCAAAAUCAAGUGAAGAUGAUGCAGCUACUGAGCUUGAAGCUGAAGUUUCUACAGUAACUAGACAAGAAAAUGUUGAAGCUCAAGGAACACAAGGGAGAGGGUCUUCAACAGAUGAAGGUGCUGAGCUAAAUUCAAAUGCAGAUGAUUUGUCUAGUUCUAACCAUGAUCCAACUUCCUCAGAAAGUGACAAUGGUAAUUUAGCCAGUUCCUCAGAAGAGAGUGAUAACAUUGCCCUUCAUGAUUCAUCUCAGGAACUUGAAACUGAUCUUGCAGCUUGGGCUACAAAAAACAAAUGUACAAGAUCUGCAUUAAAUGAGUUGCUUACCAUAUUAAGAAAACAAGGUCUCCAGCUUCCUAAAGAUGCUAGGACCCUUUUAAAAACACCAAGAACAGUGGAUGUCGGAGAAAAAUGUGGCGGGAACUACUUCCACAUGGGAUUGGAAAGUGGUAUUUUGAAAUUGAUUCAUCAAAAUGUGGAUUUUUUUUGUAGAUGUUGCACAAAUUCAGCUUACUUUCAACAUUGAUGGUGUCCCUCUCUUUAAAUCAACAAAUGUACAACUUUGGCCAAUUUUAUGCAGCGUCCAGGGCUUUGAACCAUUUGUUGUUUCAAUUUUCUGUGGUAAUCAUAAACCUAGUUCUGUUGAAGAAUACCUGAAUGAUUUUUUAUUGGAACUACAAGAAAUGCUCCAAAAUGGUGUGCAGUUAAAUGAAAUCGUUAAACCAGUUGAAGUAUUUGCCUUUGUUUGUGAUGCACCUGCCAGAGCUUUUGUGAAAUGCAUUAAAGGGCACAAUGCAUACUACAGUUGUGAAAGAUGCGUGGUUAAAGGAUCGUGGAAUGGACGUGUGGUGUUCAAUGAGGAAAUUACUGAGGCACCACGUACUGAUGAUGGCUUCCAGAAUUUUGAGUAUGAUGAUCACCAGGUAGGAAGAUCCCCUCUUGCUGAUAUUGGACUGCCAUGCAUAAAGUUAUUUCCAUUGGACUACAUGCAUCUUAUAUGCUUAGGCAUUAUGAAAAGAAUGCUGACAUUCUUAAAACAAGGACCAAGGGAAUGCAGACUUUCAUACCAACAGCUGACUAUUAUUUCAGAAAAUAUGAUGAAUUUGAAUGGCAAGAUGCCGAGAGAAUUUGCAAGACAACCAAGGUCUCUUGAUUAUCUGGACAGAUGGAAAGCUACUGAGUUACGCCAAUUCUUAUUAUAUACUGGGUCAAUAGUUUUAAAAUCGGUUGUCUCUGCCAAUGUUUAUAAACAUUUCCUUUCCUUAAUGGUUGCAAUGUCUAUUCUCUUGAAUUCUGAUGAGAAUAUACGUAGAACAUAUAUAGGAUAUGCAAGAGAUCUCCUUUCCUUCUUUGUUACAAAUGCCAAAGUUGUGUAUGGGGAAACUUUUUGCACUUACAAUGUCCAUGCUCUUUGCCAUCUUGCUGAUGAUGUGGAAAAUUUUGGAACAUCACUGAAUGAAAUUUCAGCAUUUCCUUUUGAAAAUUAUUUGCAAAAGUUAAAGAAAAGUGUCAGAAAAGCACAAAAUCCUAUUGCGCAAAUUUCAAAAAGGAUUACAGAGAUAGAAAAGGCGAAAUGUAGAAGAAUACCAAAAAAAAACACACCUGCAUGUAGCCACCAGGAAGAAGGAUAGUUGUUUUAUGUUGAAAAACAACAGAAUUGUCAUCAUAAGGGAGAAAAGAGAUGACCAAAAGUAUGUGUGUGAUGUGAUUAGCAGACGAAGCCUGACAAAUUUCUUUACCGACCCAUGCGAUUCGAGCUUGAUAGAUGUGUAUUUUGUGUCAUCACGCAGAGUAGUCUAUCACAGAAUGCUGGUUGAGCAUUCUGAUUUGGAGAAGAAAGUUGUUUAUCUCCCCUGUGAAGGAGGUCACGUCCUUAUUCCAAUGCUACAUGGAAUAGAGAGAAGUUAAUGGAAAAGAUUUGGUGCAGAGCAGUCUGGAAAGAAGAUGGCCAGGAAGAGGAGGGGGUUAUCCCGACUA